CGAGAGGUAGCGAUCCUUGCGUUCGUCUCUGCUUCUUCUACGAUUCAUGAGCUUCGAGCUCCUUUGAUUGGCUUUUCUUUUGUGGUCUUCUGCAGAUUCCGUCCCUCGAUCAUUGUUCUUCGUCGCUCUCUCGGAAUCGCAUGUAAUUAGUGAGCUUCUUUGUCUCAAUCUCUGGAGGUUAAUCAGAAAUUUCUAGGGUUUCCGUCCCGGUAACGAUUAUCACAGUGUGUAGCAGCUUGACAUGAGGUGCAACGCCUGCUGGAGGGAACUGGAAGGCUGUGCCAUUUCCACCACUUGUGGUCACUUAUUAUGUACUGAAGAUGCAACCAAGAUUCUCAGUAAUGAUGGGGCUUGUCCCAUUUGUGAUCAAGUACUCUCUAAGAGUCUAAUGAAACCUGUGGAUACCAAUCCAAAUGAAGAAUGGAUAAAUAUGGCGAUGGCUGGAAUUUCUCCACAAAUACUGAUGAAGAGUGCAUAUCGAAGUGUAAUGUUUUACAUCUCGCAAAGAGACUUAGAGAUGCAGUGCAAGAUGAAUAGAGUUGUUGCGCAGUGUCGUCAGAAAUAUGAGGGCAUGCAAGCAAAGUUUAGCGAGAAAAUGGAGCAGAUGCAGACAGCAUACCAGAAGAUGGGCAAGAGGUGUCAGAUGAUGGAGCAAGAGGUAGAAAGCUUGGCCAAGGAUAAACAAGAGCUCCAAGAGAAGUUCUCCGAGAAAUCAAGACAGAAGAGGAAACUUGAUGAGAUGUAUGACCAGCUAAGAAAUGAAUAUGAGUCAGUCAAACGUACAGCCAUCCAACCAGCAAAUAACUUCUAUCCACGACACCAGGAGCCUGACUUUUUCUCAAACCCACCAGUUAACAUGAUGGAGAACAGAGAGCUCACUCGCAAAGACCGGUCGUUUUACAAUCCUGCAACAACAGGACCCAAAGAUGAGAUAUGGCCAGCAAGACAGAACAGUUCAAACUCGGGUCCAUUUGACAUCUCCAACGAUUUACCUGCAGUUCCAGCUGACCUUGGAAACAGAAGAGCAGGAGGACAUCAUGUAUUUGGUGGUGGUGGCAGUUCUAAUCCCCAAUCAACUCUUCGAAACCUUAUUCUCUCCCCUAUUAAACGCCCGCAGCUCUCUCGUUCUCGCCCUCAACUGUUCACGUUAUAG